UGCAGUGUUAGGUGAAAUUUUCAGUUGUUUGGAUGGCUAGUGUGGUAUAUGGCAAUGGUGGGCAUAGAGGGAUGUUAUCCUUUCACUAUUCCUGUUCAUAUUCCAGGUUUGGAUUGCAGAAUUCUAGGACAGUGAAUUGCUUAUCUGAGGAUACAGGUGGUGCAGUAAGAUUAAGGUGGCAAGUACUGGAGCAAGUGGAUGAGGAGCUAAGCAAGGGGGAUGAGAGGGCUGCAUUGUCCUUGGUCAAGAAUUUACAAGGCAAACCUGGUGGUCUCCGGUGUUUCGAUGCUGCCCGGCAGGUACCUCAGAGGCUCUAUACCUUGGAUGAGCUAAAGUUGAAUGGGAUUGAAACUGCAUCCCUACUUUCACCAGUGGAUGCAACGCUAGGCUCUAUAGAAAGGAAUCUGCAGGUUGCUGCUCUUUUAGGAGGAGUUGCAGCAUGGAACGUGUUUGAUUUAAGCCCACAACAACUCCUAUUUUUCUCACUAGGAUUGUUGUUUUUCUGGACACUAGAUGGUGUCUCAUUCAAUGGAGGAGUCAGUGGCUUGCUUCUUGAUACCAUUGGUCACACCUUCAGCCAAAAGUAUCAUAGCAGGGUUAUUCAACAUGAAGCUGGGCAUUUCUUGACUGCCUACCUGCUAGGAAUUCUCCCAAGGGGGUACACACUGACCAGCUUGGAUGCUUUGAAUAAGGAAGGAUCACUCAAUGUUCAAGCAGGAACUGCAUUUGUGGAUUUCGAGUUUAAUGAAGAAGUAAAUUCAGGAAAAUUAUCAGCCACGAUGCUGAACAGGUUUUCAUGUAUUGCCCUUGCUGGUGUUGCAACAGAAUAUCUUCUCUUUGGUUAUGCUGAGGGAGGUCUUGCUGAUAUUGACAAGGUAAUUAAAUCACAGUUGGACUUGCUAUUGAAAAGCUUGGGAUUUACACAGAAGAAAGCUGACUCUCAAGUCAGAUGGGCUGUACUAAAUACUGUCCUAAUUCUGCGUCGCCAUGAAGACGCAAGAUCAAAACUCGCACAGGCUAUGUCUGAGGGAAAAUCCGUAGGAGGUUGCAUUAACAUCAUAGAAGAGACCAUAGAUGAUGACGAUAUCUAGUUUAUGUCAAUAAUCUGACCGCCCCUUCAAUCAAUCUCCCUAAACUUGUAAUUUUUCCUUCCCCUUUGUACAAACUGUUCUUGAAAUUUUUAUGACAAGGACCAAUUUUGUGUUUUGAGGUCGCCC